UAAUUAAUUUUUUAAACUCAAAACAUUGUCAUUAAAACCGCAAAGAAGCGCCAGCGUCACAAUCCACUCGAUCUUUACUCUUUGUCAAAUUGUUCUUCAGAGGGGACGGCCGGGAUGGAGACGGUGCUCCGGCUGUGGUUUUGCCACCUUAUGUCCUUCUACUUCUCCGUCACCGCGGCCGUCAUCGGCCGCGUUCUGCCCAAAACCCACCGCUUCCCCAUCCUCAUCCCCAUAUUCGACUCGAUCCUGUCCCUGUAUUUCCGGUUCUGCAAUCUCUGCCCCUGCACCGUCGAUUUGGACGACCAGACCACCGUGCACUUCUGGGCCCCCACCCACCGCCACUUCAGCAAGCCCAACCUCGUCAUAAUCCACGGCUACGGCGGCAAUGCCAAGUGGCAAUUCGCGCUCCAGGUCCGGCAGCUGGCGAAAUCCUUCAACCUGUACGUCCCGGACCUCCUCUUCUUCGGCGAGUCCCACUCCCGGCGGCCGGAUCGCACGGACGCGUUCCAGGCGGAAUGCGUGGCGGAGGGAUUGAAGGGGUUGGGGGUGCGGCGGAGCUCGGUGUACGGGAUCAGUUACGGCGGGUUCGUGGCGUAUCGGAUGGCGGAGAUGUAUCCGGAUGCGGUGGAGAGGGUGGUGAUCGUGAAUAGCGGGAUUGCUUCGACGGCGGAUCAGAGGGCGGAGCAGAUGGUGCGGCUGAAGAAAAUGGGUCGGGAAAACGCGGUCGACAUUUUCUUGCCGGCAAAGCCGGACGACCUGAGGCUGUUGGUGAAUCAGUCAUUCAGCAAGUGUGACCCUCUCAAGUGGGUCCCGGAUUUCAUCCUCCGGGAGGUCAUCACUGUGAUGUAUAGUCCUAACAGGAAAGAGAGGGAAGAGCUACUAGAUUACUUGUUAACGAAUAAAGAUCACAGCACUCAUCGUCCCCGUCGUAUUUCUCAGGUUCGUUCUCUCCUAAUAUCAAAGCAGAUCAAAUAAGAAGACGCUUAAAUAAUACGGAGUGCUUCCUACUUCCUCCGUCCCAUUUAAAGGAAGCGCUGCUUGUUUGGGGUGAGUCGGACAAAAUUUUCCCACUGGAAUUUGGUCAGCUGCUGCAGCGGUACUUGGGUGCCAAUAAAGCAAGAUUGGAAGUGAUAGAGGGGGCUGGACAUGCAGCUAACUUGGAGUCUGCUUCAUCUCUUAACUCUUUCAUAAAGACUUUUCUUUUGCAAACUGAUUCCCCUUGUCGGGAAGUUAGCUACCUCAACAUGACUUAAUUAACAACCCCAUACAUUAGUGAAAGCGCGACAUACAAUUUUAUUAUAUUAGUCUUUGUCAUUCUUAAUAUAAUUCUUUGGAUGAUCAUACGUACGUUAGAGAAAAGGUUUGGGAAUAGUUGAAGUAAUCAAUUAA